GAAUGCAAGAAACUUCCCCGGAAGGGUGGACGGCGCUGUCGUUCUCGCAGCGGGCUCGCUUCGAGGAGGACGGCUCUUCGGAGACGACCUCGGAGGACGAAGGUGGGCUGUGGGCUUACCUCCAAAGCGAGGAUCUCGCGGCCGCGGCGAGCGCUGCGGCGAGCGCCUCGAAGGCCAAGAGGCCCCGUGCCCGCGAGUGGGCCCACGAGGAUAGCUGGGAUGUUUCCGGGUUCCAAGCGGAGGUUCCUGAUCCCGCCCUGCGAUUUCCUUUCGAGCUGGAUCCGUUUCAGAAGCGUGCCGUCCGCAGGGUGGAGAGGAGCGAGCAUGUCAUGGUGGCAGCGCACACUUCUGCUGGCAAAACGGUCGUGGCAGAGUAUGCGGUGGCGCAUGCGCUGCGCUUGGGCAUGCGGACCAUCUAUACAUCUCCGAUCAAGGCACUGUCCAACCAAAAGUUUCAGGAGCACGGGCCCCAAGGCACCAGGCUCCGGCAGUUCUCUGCCUUGGAGUUGCCGCCGGACAGGUUCACGCGGCGCUUCGAGGGCCUGGGCUCCGUGGGCAUCGCCCGGUGCCCGGCGUAG